ACUCGAUAUCGACAGUUAACGAUACUAGUGGAGAACUCUGCAGUUGAUCGAUAUGUGUCGGAAAGAAUUGUUGUAAAACAUUUAGUCAUUAUCAGAAAAUGCAUGUACUAUAGAAAGUCAUACGACAUAAAAACGUUAUUUUAUUCAAAGUUACACAGAAUUCUUGAGAUUUUUUUUAAACUGGAUGAAUGCAGGAAAGAAGUGACAAUGAGUUACAUAAGGUCGCGGAUGGGAAGCAUGUUCUUGGCAUGGAUCAACUUGCAGAUUGGUUUGCUUACAAAGACCUAAUAUCGCGAAACAACUUAACAUGGAAUCGUGACUCGCCAUAUAACUUUUCUGAUCCUGGAAGUGUUUUUGAAGAAUUCCAGAAAGGACAAUUCACCAUCCAUGAAUAUUCAACAAUAGUUCUGCUAAGUUUGUAUGUUAUUAUUUUUUUUAUCGGACUUCUUGGAAAUGCUCUGAUCAUCGUCACAACGAUAAGAAAUGGACAAUCUCAACAUUCUAAAAAUUACUUUUUGAUAAAUUUGGCAGUUGCUGAUUUAGCAGUGACCUUAUGUUGUAUGCCAACAUCGUUAGGAACCAUCAUCUACAGAAUAUGGAUAUACGGCAAAUUCCUGUGCAAGUUUGUUGCCUUUUUUCAAGGAGUAGCAGUUGCUGUCAGUGUUUAUUCUCUAACAGCAAUGAGCAUCGACAGAUAUUUGUCUAUUCAAAAUCCGAUGGCAUCAAGAAAAUUCAUGACAAAGCGACAAUGCCUGAUCAUGAUCGCAGCCAUGUGGAUUAUAUCAGUCUUGUUUAUGGGUCCAUUGCUGUACAUUAAAACGGUCGACACUAUUGAAUUGGAUAGCUUGCCGUCUGUCGACUUUUGCAUCGAACAAUGGCCACAAGAGCGAGAUCGUAAAGCAUACGUUUUGUUUUUAUUGUUUGUGGUAUUUCUUAUUCCCGGUGUAACUCUGGCCGUCUGUUACUCGCAUGUUGGACGCGCCCUCUGUUCAAAGGACAUGACACGUGAAGGGUCUGAUACAAGUACACGUGGAUUGUUUUCCAGGAAGAAAGCUGCCCGAAUGAUCAUUAUUCUCAUCAUUGUGUUCAUGUUGUGCUGGUUGCCUUAUAACAUUGCGUCUCUUGUAUCUGAUUUGUCAGAUGACUUUGUCCUUAUCCUCCUUUUCUUCACAUUAUGGCUUGGACAUGCACAUAGUGCUAUCAAUCCUGUCAUGUUUUGGUUGUUGAACAGGCGUUUUCGGGAGAAAGUACGAGUUUUGGUCAAAUCUGUCAAAAAGAAUACAUUCUCCUGUACCUCAACCAGUAGCAUGUCUUUGCCAGCCUACGUAUAGAACACUUAGUGAGGACAGUAUAUUUAGUAAAGGUGAUCUUUACAUGUUAAAACAAUCAAAAUUCCUCUAAAUUUGUGUUGUUUGUGACAGAUGUUAUUCAAUACUUCCUUUCGAAAUAUUACAUGUUAUGAUGUUGAAAAAAUAUAUAUGGUAUGAUUACGGUUCAAAAUCUUGAUCAACAAGCAAAUCAAGAAAUUGAAAAGGUUAAUCUAUAAAUUAAUCAUAAGAAAAACAAAUUCCUUUGCGUUUAAAUUUAAAUUCACAUAAAAUUUCUUUAAAUCAUCUUUCACGAUGGACAUCGAAAUUUACGUACAUAUUCAAAUAUCUACGAAACUUUACGACUGUUCCAUAUAUAUAUAUAAGUUAACUUAUUUCGUAUGACAGAGAUUGCCCUUUUUUCAUAUAAGAAACAUUUAGGUAAUACGAGUAAUAUAAUCAUGUAGCCAAUGAAAGUUCAUUAUUUGAUUGAAGAUUUAACAGAAAAAGAUAACUCUUGAAGUUUAUACACAUAUGAUCUCCCGAUAAGCUUUAGCGAGUUGUUUAACCAAACCCACCAGAACAUUUGUCAAAUAUUUAUCAACAAAUACAAACUCUUUACAAUAAUAGAACAAAUGUACAACUAUUCAUGUUAAUGUCUAAGUCUUUCUCAAUAAUUAACUUGAAUGGAACUUUAGAUCGCAAUGUGCUGUCAUUAAGCUUGAAUCAUAAUUCCAAUGUAUCGAUAAUUUAUGAUAUUCUAUUCGGGAACGAUUCUUUGCAAUUGUGUGCUAUCAAUUCCAACUUUUUCUAUUCUUUUUUUAACAUGUUAAUUAUAUUUUGACUACAGCCCAAAAAAGGACCGUUUGACAAAUAGGAAAUAUCAGUGAAGAACCUUAAAGAACUUUUUUCGAGAUCAGAGUAUGUUUUGUAAAAUUUCUACCCGGUUAGAUAGAUAUGCCUUAUAUAUUUUUUAUACAAGUGUCAAUGAACUCCAAUUGUAAUUUAAGAACUUGUUUUAUAUAUUUUAUAAUCCAUAAACUGAAGGUGCUACAGUAAAUGUAAAUGUUUUGAGAGUAAACAGGUCAGCCAAAUGUUUAAUAGAAAUUCAUACAGUAUUUCGAAAGUAUAAACGAUUGAAGUGUGACUGAUAGGGGAAUCUGAAUUUCUGUAGGGUGUUCUUGUUCUUAUGUUAUACUUUUUAUCGCUAUUUUGUGCAUUUUACCUUUGAUCUUUUUGUGUGAUAAUGUUCAUAUCAUGCUUCUCGCUUGAUAUGGAUAAAUUAUCGCUAGAAACUAAGGAGGCCACGUGGCGUUGCUAACGAAAUUGACAUUGAAAUUGACAACGUCGUCAUAGAUAAAAUAGCGAUAAACAGAUUAUCAUUGGUCAUCUCAACUCGAUUGCUUUUCUCGCUUUCGCUGUACCAGCUCAAGCGAGAAAAUCAAUCUCGUUGGGAUAAUCAACGAUAAUCUAUAAUUCUAUAGCAUCUUAAAUGCCGAUAACGACGUGUUCAAAAGAUAAAACUUUAGUGGCAUUGAAAAUGAUAAUACAACAUACUUUGUUUUGUGUAUUUUAUUGUGACUUUGUUGUGAAAUGUAUUAAUUUAAAAACCAUGCAGUAAAUGUAGCAAAUUACUCGACAACAUAUAGGUAUAGUUCUGACAUUUGUUAGUAAUACGAUUAGGUGUUAAAUUUAUUCUGGUCGGCGAUUUUGAUUAUUUACAAUUUCUCGUAGUUGUCAAAAAAGUAUUUUAAUUUUUGAAAUAGUACGUUUAAGUGACUUGUGGAGAACAAUUAAACAUAUAAAAAAGACACAGGAAUUUAUAUGGUUACAUUGUAAACUGUUUAUGUGAGCAAAUUAGGAGGCGUAAUCAGCUGAUAGAAACCGUGUUAUCAUUUAAAAACUUUAACCAUCCAAUAAAAUAGUAACAUCAUGUGCCUGUCAUACAAGUGAGAAGUUUUGCUAUUUAUAAAACCAGAUUUAAUCCACCAUUAUCCACAUAAGACAAUGCCUGUACCAAGUCAGGAAUGUGUCAGUUGUAAUGCAUCCGUUUGAUACGUGACUUUUAUUUUUGAAUUUUCAUCGGAGUUCAGUAUUUAUGUGAUAUAACUUUUUUCCUAUUGAAAGAAUAAAAUGCCAAUCAAAUAGAAUCAUAAGAAGUGUAACAAUAUUCAUAAAAUCUUAUAACGAUUCCAUAGUUUGAGGUGUUUAAUGCCGAAAGUGCUCGCUUAAGUAGAUUCUCUGUAACUAAAUUAAGGUUAAAACAUUU